AUGGCUUCUGUGUCGUCGUUGGACCAGGACAUGCGCAACCUGCGCAUGUCGAAAUACACUCCACAAGCCGCUAACGAAAUUCGCUCGUGGAUCGAACAAACACUCGGCGAAACACUACCGCCAGGUGAUCUUCUGCAGGAUGUGCUCAAGGAUGGCGUCGUCUUGUGCAGACUCGCUAACCUAGCGCUGCCUGCUCCAGGCCUCAAGUUCAAAAAGUCCGCCAUGCCCUUCGUCCAAAUGGAAAACAUAUCGCACUUCUUGCGAGCAUGUGAAUCCCCUCCGCUGAACAUGCCUGCCCACGACCGCUUCCUCACCGUCGACUUGUUCGAGUCCAAAGACCCCGCUCAAGUACUCCAAUGUAUCAGCGCCUUUAGUCGUGUCGCACAUGCUGUCAAUCCAGCCAACUUCCCCAACACCAUUGGUCCUCAAAGGAGUGCGACCCUAAGUCCUGCUGCUACCGGUCCCACUCCUAGGAGUGCCCGGCCAGUCCCUCCGAGCCCACUCUCUGCCAAACCUUCGUUCGCCGUCCCUUCCGCCAGACCUAUAAGUCCUGCUCUUAGUGGAAGUUCUCCUGGCUCACGCGCAAUUGACAAUGGUCUCAAAUCAUCUCGGGGCACAGUUAGUAGCUGGACCAAAGCAGAUGAUCGAGGAAAUACAGCGCCUGCAUGGAACAUUGCUCAGUACGGCUACAUGGGCGGUGCCAGUCAAGGCAAUCAAGGCGUCAUGUUUGGUGGAAGAAGACAAAUCACCACUGCUGCACCUCACGUCCCUGGUCAAGGUGAAUCUGCUCUGGAAAGAAGACGGCGCGAGAGAGAAGCGGAAGAGGAACGCCUCAGACAAGAGGCUGAAGAAGCCGAAUACAAGAGGAAAACCGAACGGGAGGCCGAGGAAGAACGUGAUCGAAUUGCCGAAGAACAAAGAUGGGAGGAAGAAACUCGCCGCACAAGAGAAAAAGAAAGACAACGAAUCCUGGAGCAGAAACGAGAGUGGGAAGAGCAGGAGCGCAGAUGGAAGAUGGAAGAAGAAGCUCGUCAGAGAGAGCAGGAAGUGGAUGAUGCUGGUUCCCAUCUGAAAGGGCAAUAUUUGAGUCAAGCCGACCAAGGGGCUCGUAGACCCAGCGCACAUGAAGAUACGCCCGAGAGGAUGAGAGUUCGUGAACUCGAGAAACAGCUUGAAGAGGCAAGGGAACGUGAGCGUCAGUAUCAACGAGAGCGCGAGGAGCGUGUGCGUCAGAACAGCAUCAACUCAAGACCUUCUACAGCGAGAUCCGAACAGGAAAUCGGAUCGAUCCCCAGGGCACCCUCACCAAAGGACAGCGACGUGUCUUGGGCACCAAUAGAGGAUGAAGUCUUAAACAGGAAGGUGCCUGCACCUGAUAUGCCUCUGGGUUCAUCGAGACCUCUUCCUACCCCAGCAACAAGGCAGACGCCAGUGUUACCUGAACGUACAGCAUCUCCAGCAGGGCCACGUCCCCUGCCAGAUCCUUCGGCAUAUCGUCCUGCCUCACCAGCCACAACACGCACAGAUCGUUACCUUGCUGAGAAUCCUGCGCCCGUGUCGUCAAAACCUGUUGCUCACCAGCCACGUGAGAUGGGCUACACUUCAACAUACGAGGAGCAAAGCGACAGAGACCGUCGGAUCGCGUCACAGCAAAAGACCAAGGCUGGUGGAUGGGCGUCUAAAUCCCUCUUGGAACGCGAGAUGGAACGCGAAAGAGAGAGACAGCGAGAGUGGGAAGCAAACCAGCAAGCGACUAAGGAAGUAGCCAAAGACCUGAGCCAAGGCAGCGGUGCAGGACAGAGCUGGGAUAUCCAUCAAUACGGAUACAUGGGAGGAGACAGCCAGAACCGAGGUUCGAGCUCGGGAAGUGGAAUUGGUUUUGGAGGCCGUCGUCAGAUCAUCGGACCCCGCCCUCCUCCAGGAUCUUGA